CAUCCUCUUAGGAAACAAACAGAAGCAGGCGAUAGGAGAAUAUAACCGCCUUCAGUUUCAGCAGAUCUGCUCAGGACAGGUGCCUGAACCGCACACAGCUCAGACUGCACUUCAGCCGUUAAAACACUGCGUGAUGAAGACUCCACUGUGGACACUACUGUUGCUUGGACUGUGUAACCCAGCAUGGUGUGACUGCCAGAAGGAUUGCCUCUUCUGCAGCCAAAAACUGCAUAAUGAAUAUGCCUUCAACAACUUGGUGUGUCUGGUGGAGUGUCAUGGUAAACUUUCUCCAGGCGACACCUGGGAGAUGUGUCGCAGGACCACUGUGGAGCAAAACCCAAAAGCCUUGCUAUCGGUUGGCUAUGGCGUGCUGAAAAGAGCGGAAGAGGAAGCGGACACCUCUCUACCUGUGGACCAGGACGAUGGCCAGGGUUCUGAAACCCUCCAGAGGUUCGCCCACAUAACACAAGCCUUGGGAACAGAUGAUCAGGACCAAGAUAUGCAGCUCAGUAAAAAAUACAAGUUCCUGCAGGUACAGUCAGCACAAGAAUCUGAAGAAGAGCGAGAUGGAGAUAACGAGACGGAAGGCGAUGAGGAAGAGGCUGCCGUCCACCUAAUCAAACGCUUUGGAGGCUUUCUCAAAAACAAGUAUGGCUACAGGAAGUUCAUAGACCCUGGAAGGUCUUUGCAAAAGAGAUAUGGGGGUUUCAUAGGCGUCCGCAAAUCUGCCCGUAAGUGGAACAACCAGAAGCGUUUUAGUGAGUUCCUCAAGCAAUAUUUGGGCAUGAGUACUCGAGCUAGCGAGUUUAAUAGUAUGUCUGCUGAUGUCACCCAGCAGAAUGAGUAAGCCUUGACCUUUAAAGCGAAUAAACUUACCCAGCAAACCAUUCAUAAUGCUCAUUCGAAAGAUAUCAUGCACGGUUCUCCUCAAACACAAUAGUCCCACAGGGUUAGAUGUGGAUUUACUCACCGAAGCAUCUAAUCUGUGUCAAACAAAGCUUACAUAUAUAAGCUUGAAGUUUGAAGAAAACUCUUCACAUUCAAUUUGAGACAUCUAUAGAUUGCAUAAGAUGAUUGAUAUUGUACAUGAUGGCCCAUUUAGUGUAAUUAAACAUUGUGCAAAGACCAUUUUGAAAACGUUAUUGGUUCCAAAUUCAUCUCCUUUUCGACACUGACACCUAUUGGCCAAUGAGAGUUCCCAUAAUGAAAUCUCCAUGAAAAUACUUGAAACUGAGAUGAAAUAUCAAAUAGAGAGGUAAUUACUAGGCAAAAUAGAAUUAUUAAAGAAUUAGUUCACCAAAAAUGAAACAUUUGUCAUAACGCACGCAAAUUUAUGUCAUUGUCAGCUCCAAAUGGAACGUAAAUACGCAUUUCAGUCUAAUGAAUGCAUGAGAAACAGACUAAAAUGUAAGUUUUUAAUUUUAAUCUUAACCAAAUUUUUUCUUCCAAAUCUCAUAUGCAUGCACUGAAACCUGCAAUUCUGUCAUGUGCUAACCAAUUAUGAAUCAGUUACAAUCUCAAAUCUAUUAUAUGGCUUUAGAAGACUUGGAAUAUAGUGCACAAGUCAUAUGGACUAUUCUUUAUGCCACUUUUUGGAGCAUAAUGGGCCAUAAUUUCCAAUCUUCUAACGUUGAAUGCAAAAUUCAACCCGAUCAGGAAAACAUAAUUUUAUCAAGUUGCCAUUUUGUAUGAAUUUGUACACAGUAAAUGUACAUUUCUUAAGACCAAAUAAGCAUGAAGAUCCACCCCUGAACAUCACUGGAGCGUAAACAGAUUGAACAAAUCAUACAAAUUAUUGUCAUAUUUAUUGUCAUAAGAUAAUGUUGGGAAAAGAUCAGCUUUAACAAUCUGCUUAAUAUCUCUUAAAAUAAAAUGGGGUCUGAAUGAUAUGGGCAUGAGUAAUUGAUAGAAUUUACAUUGUGGGUGUACUGUUCUUUUAUGAGGAUUAAGGAAAGCUAAUCUGUUUACGGUCUCUCCCAAAAAAUAAAUAAAGCCAGAUUUUGCAUAAACCAUUCUAGCAAAGACUCAUCACUGUAAUAUGCCUAUACAAACAACAAAUUCUGUCAUGCACAUGCACAC